CUAAAAGGAAACUUGCAAUAGGGGGCGGGCUUGGUCAGCACUCAUGAUCGGUGCUUGCCGUACCUACAGUAACUUAGGUUGCUGCUGGGUUACAGACUUACAGUACUUGAGUACUUAAGUACCUGCCAGGCUGCCAUGGAUGGACUAGCGUCACAGUCAGAUCCACCAAGCUCAUCGACAUUCCCGACCGCUGGGUUUCAAGGUAGAGCAGAGUCGUCAGAUAAGUCAAUACAACCUCCUGCCAAUUGUAACUUGCUACACAAAUUCUCUGCGUUCAAUAAGUUCAUUUUAUACGAGAACAAGCUACGCUUCUAUAUUGUCGCCUCUAAUGCCUCUGACUCCCGCCACCGGAUUGUCAAGAUUGACCGCACCUCGCAAACUGACGUUGUCGUCGUCGAAGACGACACCGACUAUAGCGGCAAGCAAAUGAGCAACAUGCUCAAGAUGCUGGAGGAUGGUAACAAGGGAUCUGGUGGGCUUGGCAAGGCACGCGUAAUCUUUGGGAUUGCAGGAUUCGUGAAGUUCACAGCUGGGUGGUACAUGAUUGUCAUAUCAAAGCGUUCAGUUGUGGCACUUCUUGGUGGCCACUAUUUAUACCAUUGCGAGAACACGGAGAUGAUACCUGUCCCAUCCAAUCACAAGAUUGAGCGUCCUGCCGAGGAGCAGCGCCUUGUGAAUAUGUUUAAGCAAGUUGACAUGUCGAAGAACUUUUACUUCAGUUACUCAUACGAUAUCACUUCUACGCUUCAAAAUAACCUCACCAAGCCCGAGCGUUUCAAUAGUACCAGAUGGCCCUUCAACGAUCGAUAUGUUUGGAAUUUUCACAUGAUCGCUGCACCUCUCAAGGAUUCCCCCGCCACUAGCAUCCGUCGUCCAUGGCUACUGCCACUCAUACAUGGACAUGUAGACCAGGCUAAACUUACUGUACUUGGGCGUGUAGUCUUUGUAACGCUUAUUGCCCGUCGGUCACGCCAUUAUGCUGGAGCUCGAUAUUUGACACGCGGUGUCAAUGAAGAGGGAAACGUCGCAAACGAGGUUGAGACCGAGCAAAUUGUAUCAGAAGCACUAACGACACCAUUUUACUUCCCCCCCGCCGGUCCCUCAGCAGGCGAAUAUCAACGUCGGCCGAGCCCGCAGUAUACCAGUUACGUUCAGUACAGGGGCAGCAUUCCCAUAUACUGGACACAGGAAACUACUAGCAUGACUCCCCGACCGCCUAUUGAAAUCAGCGUUGUAGAUCCCUUCUAUGUCGCUGCAUCUCGUCAUUUCGAUGACCUUUUUGCACGAUAUGGCGCGCCAAUCACAGUCCUCAAUCUCAUCAAGCGGCGAGAGCCGCAGCCACGCGAAUCGAAGUUGUUGGAUGAGUAUACUCAAUGCGUCAAAUAUUUGAACCAAUUUCUGCCGGAUGAGUACAAGAUGGUCUAUCGGGCUUGGGACAUGUCACGGGCAUACAAAGAGAAGACACAAGAUGUCAUAAGCUACCUCGAGGACAUAGCGGAGGUAUCCAUUCAAAUGACUGGUUUCUUUCAUUCCGGCGUGGAACCACUCGCUCAUUGUCUCCAUAAUGGCAACUAUGAAGAGAACGAACAUUGUCGUCGUUCCAUCUUGCUGCAGAAUGGUGUAUGCCGCACAAACUGUGUCGACUGCCUGGAUCGUACGAAUGCAGCACAAUUUGUUUUCGGGAAACGUGCUCUGGGCCACCAGUUGUAUGCCCUCGGUGUUGUUGCCAGCCCAAACCUCCCAUUCGAUUCAGAUGCGGUGAACAUGUUGACUGAAAUGUAUCAUGACCAUGGAGAUACCAUCGCGCUGCAGUAUACCGGCAGUGCACUUGUGAAUCGGGUAGAGACAUAUCGCAGGAUGCCUCACUGGAAUAGUCACUCGAGGGAUAUCAUCGAAAAUAUCCGCCGUUUUUAUGCCAACUCUCUUCUUGACGCAGACAAACAAGCAGCAAUUAAUCUCUUUCUUGGCGUGGCAGCUGAACGCAGCUUGGUGCUUCCCCCGAAACGCGGUCAGUAUCAGAAAUGGUUCCAGAAGCGGCAUCUCCAGGUGUUGUACGAUGUUAUGGAGUGCUCGUCAGCGUUGUGCGACUUCGUGAACGUCGGCGGAGAGUUUUGGGCGGAGUACUACCGACCGCUCUUAUUUACUUCACUAGGAAAGCACUUUGCGUACUCCAUGAAUAGCACAUUGAAGCUACCAGGGAAGACUCUGAAGGACAUUGCUUACAGUCCAUUUCUCCCUCACAGCACUCAUCCAACACACCAUCCACGGCUCAUGGCUGGAGUUCGUCGUUGGAUCGGCACGUAUCCUUCGUCUCAGCACGGGUUUUCUAAGAAGGCAUUGAGCUCCAAACAAGAGGUGUUGAAAUCAGACCUACCUUCCACUGACGAUCCUCGUUCAUCAGCUGCGCUUGCCAAGAGGUUGUUGCAUCCAGAUGUGCCAGUCGAGGAGCAGACAGAGUAUCUGAAAUAUGUUGAUCAGUGCUUUGCUUUGCUAGAGGCAUGUAAUGAUGAAGCAGAACCUGAAGACAAAGAAAUAUAUGAAAGGUUUGUCAGAAAGUCAAAAGGUGUUGUAGAGGAGGGUAAUUCACUUGACAUUUAUGUUACUUAUGUUAGAACCAUGGAGGCAGAGGAUGUAGGUACUUGUGAAGAGGACUUAGUGGCUACUUAUGAGCAAUGGCUGGGAUAGACAAUAUGACACUUGAACUAUUUUUUUUUUGAAAACAAGA